UUUCCAAGCACCACCCACUUCUCUCUCUCUCUCUCUCCCCCUCUCUCCAGUAUUAAUCACGGUAUAAACAAAUCAAAGCAACAAGCAAUUCACUUCUUGCUCUUUCUCCAUCGCUCCACCCUGUUGCUUCUCCCUUGUCUUCUGUCCCAACUUGUUUCCAUCUGCUCUUAUAUUUUAUUCUGCUCGCCAAAGUAAACAUCCAAAUCCAAUCCCCGCCAAUUACAAGCCAUAUCAGUCAAAGAAACAAAAAAAAAACCAAAUUAGAAGUGAUAAACAAACAUGAAAGGUGAAUAUGUAGAGCAUCAUCAGUCGAAGCAUGAAAAUACUCCAAACAUGUUCUCCAAACUCCACCCUCGUCAUCAUCAGCACCUUCCUUUCUCUCAACAAUAUCAAUUUUCUCGUGAGUCAGAGGAGGAAGAUACUCGUAGUACUGGAGCAGCCGCCACACCCAAUCUUACACCCACCACACAAAAACAGAAACUCAACGAGCCAAACAGCAGUGGUGGCACUGAUGGUGCCACUAUUGAAGUGGUUCGUCGACCCAGAGGCAGACCACCUGGUUCUAAGAACAAACCCAAACCACCCGUUAUUAUUACCCGGGAACCUGAACCCUCCAUGAGUCCUUACAUUCUAGAAGUCCCAGGUGGGAACGACGUCGUUGAGGCUCUAUCCCGUUUUUGUCGCCGAAAAAACAUGGGAAUCUGCGUCCUAACGGGAUCCGGCACGGUAGCUAACGUCACUCUGCGUCAGCCAUCGGCAACACCAGGAGCUACCAUUACGUUUCAUGGAAGAUUCGAUAUUUUGUCAAUUUCGGCGACCUUUUUGCCUCAAACGGCAUCCUAUCCGGUGCCUAAUAGUUUCACCAUUUCGCUUGCUGGUCCGCAAGGGCAGAUCGUUGGAGGGAUUGUAGCGGGAAGUUUGGUGGCGGCUGGUACUGUUUUUGUUGUAGCGGCGUCGUUUAAUAAUCCGAGUUAUCACCGUUUACCGCUUGAGGAAGAAGGGAGGACUUCUGGGUCUGGCGGUGGCGGGGAAGGGCAGUCACCGGCUGUGUCUGGUGCAGGUGGUGGAGAAAGUGGACACGCGGCGAGUGGCGGAGGAGGAGGAGAGUCUUGCGGGAUCGCUAUGUAUAGUUGUCAUAUGCCUAAUGAUGUCAUUUGGGCGCCGGCUGCGAGGCCACCACCGCCCUAUUAAGUUGAAUUAUCGUAGAGAAGACCAACCAAUCAAAAUUUUAUUUUAGCUUUUAGGAAGUUUGCUUUUGAAGAUUCACUUUUUUUUCUCUCUUUUAAUUUUCGAGUUUUUCUUUAUCUAUGUUUAAUCAUGUUGUUAAUUAGAAAUUUUAGUUUCAUGGAGAUGAAAGAGGAGCGCAGUGCUCUCAGUUUUCUUA